AUGGAUCGUUUUUUAAUUAGAAAACGUAAAUUAAGCGAAGAAUUGCCUGAUCCUAAUUAUGCUCAUAGAGCUGAUGUUGAGGAAUUGCCUGGUCCGAGUUUCAAUCCUCCUAAUGUUGAGGUGAGUGCGAGUAAAAAUGCUAACGUACGAUCAAAAAAUUAUAUUCGACAAUAUCACGAAAGCUAUUUAUCAUUUGGUUUCCCGUCGAGUGGUGGAGAAAUGCCUAUACCCAGUAUACCUCAAUGCCUCAUGUGUAGUGAAAAAUUAUCUAAUGAAAGUAUGGUACCAAGUAAGUGCCGAGUGUGCCGCGGCUAA